CCCCUCAGUGACGUCGCUGCUCCUCCGUCGGUCGCGUCUGUUAGCACAGUUAGCAUUAGCAGGUAGCGCAGCUGUCGGUGUCGCUCGUCGGUCGCUCUUCCCGUGUCCUCCUCCCUCAGCAGCAGACCGUGUCUCCGGAGCUCCCUGAGCCGUCGUCUCCUCUCCGCCGUCAGAAGCCGCGGGGACAUGGCCCGCACGGAGCAGGUCCUGCUGCUGGAGCCGCAGCAUGAGCUCAAGUUCAGAGGCCCGUUUACAGAUGUUGUCACUGCCACUCUGAAGCUCACCAACCCCACGGAUAGGAAUGUGUGUUUCAAAGUCAAGACAACCGCGCCUCGCAGAUACUGUGUGCGCCCAAACAGUGGCAUCAUUGACGCUGGAAACUCCGUCAAUGUUUCUGUUAUGCUACAGCCGUUUGACUACGACCCCAAUGAAAAGAGUAAACACAAAUUCAUGGUGCAGUCCAUGCUGGCUCCAUUCGGCAUGACUGACAUGGAAGGAGUUUGGAAGGAGGCAAAGCCUGAAGAGCUGAUGGAUUCAAAGUUGAGAUGUGCAUUUGAGAUGCCUCUAGAAAAUGACAAAACUCAUGAGAGUGAAACCAACAAAACUGUGUGUUCCUCUGCCUCCUCUGUUAAGACUGAGCUCUCUACACUGCCCAAGUCAGCCAGCGCCUCCCUGGAUGACGGGGAGGUGAAGAAGAUCAUGGAGGAGUGUAAGCGGCUGCAGAUGGAGGUGCACAGGCUACGGGAAGAAAACAAACAGAUCAGGGAGGACGACGGGCUGCGGAAGAGAAAGGUGACCUCAAUGGGCUCUCCUCACUCUUCUUCCUCCUCCGCCAUGGCUACCUCAGCCAUGAGGGACGAAGGCCUAAGCACCCGCGUCCUGGCGCUCUGCGUUCUCUUCUUUGUCAUUGGAGUCAUCAUUGGCAAGCUGGCCCUGUAGAGACACAGACAGACAGAGAGCACAGUGACAGACGGGCGGACGGCGUGCUCGGCAGGACACGUGUCAAUGACGGCAACGGGGAUGUCUUCUGGGUUUCUGUUUGUUUCUCUUCCUUUUCUUUUCUUUUCUUUUAACAUUUAAGGCAAUAUCACGAUGGUUUGUCUGGAUGGAAUAUAAUUUAAUGUGUAAAAAGAGAACGAAGCAAGGUGAUCCCAAGUUAAACCAUGAGUGUGAGGGGUUUUGUCACAGGUUUUGCCUUUUGUCUUUUUUUUUUUCUGAAGUAAUCACCACCUCUGAUCUGUUCUUUCCGUCCAUCCCUCCUUCCUAAAUGAUCUUCCGCAACUUGCACAGGUAACAGUUAGUGGUGUGUGGAAGUGGCGUCACGCUGGCUGAAUGUCUAAAGUCUUUUUGUUGAUUCUUUAUUGAUUCUUAAGUCUUCAAGUUUCUCACUCACAUUGUCUAUAAGAAAGAUCUAACACUCCUCUUCUGAUAAUCUCUCUUCCACUUAUUACUGAUAAUCUACAAGAAGAGGUGAACACAAGUGAUCAGUGAAAGACUUUUUCUCUAGAUUCAAACUCAAUGUAUUGUUUUCGUAAACUGUGUGUGUGUGUGUGUGUGUGUGUGUGUGUGUGUGUGUGUGUGUGUGUGUGUGUGUGUGUGUGUGUGUG